AGCAGCAGCAGCAGCAGACACACACACACACACACACUGAUACUACUACGCAGCAGCAGCAGCAGCAGCAACAACAACAGCAGCGACCGUAUAGGAGGAGAGGGAAGAAGAAUUAAUAAAUAAAAAAAAAAAAAAAAAAAAAAAAAAAACCACGGAGCACGACUUUCCUAAAGUACUAUUCUGUCGAGUGACUACGUUUACACUGUUUGACGAGACCAAUGCAUUCGAUAUAUUGGCUGUAGAGGCGCCGCCGUGCAGACGACCAGUCUGUUAGCUAGAAACAGUGAAGUGGUGCAAAAAGGGAGGAGGACAGGAAAUAGAGGAGUUACCUGGAGGGUCUCUCCCGUCAGUCCACAUUUCAGUCGGAGCGAGAGGACACAAAAAAAAAAAGGCACAGUGGGGAGAGAGAGGAGAAAGGAGAAGACGAGUGCGAGUCGCGUCCGCUCUUGGCAGCUGUUCCAGCCGCCGGUUUCAUUGUCUCGGCUGUUCGUUCGUUCCCGCGUCACCUUUUUGAUGAAUCGGUUCCUAUUUUUAACUUUAAUGUGAGAUAUAACUGCUGUAAAAACAAAACAAAAACAAGACAAAAAGAAGAAGAAAACAAGAAGAAAAAAAAAAGAAAGAACAUUAUUACUAGCAAGGUUGUUUUAUUUUGUUCCAUUGUUAAUUUCCAAGGUUCUUUUCGUUUCUUUUUUUUCUUUUUUUUUAUGUUUGACAACCUUUUUCGGCUGUGAGUAGCAGGAGCUUCCAUUCUCCAAACUAUCGUCGAAAAACAAAAAACAAAAAAAACAAAAAAAAAAAACCCUUCCAUACCUUAUUAGGACCUGAUAACCUGGUAUUCCUCAAGCACCUGAAACUGGCAGCUAUUCUCUUUGUGUCUGUGUGUUUGGGGAGCUCUGUGACCACAGCUUAAGCACCACUCAGCCUUUCUAGUCACCUAAGCCUAAACUAAAGCCAGCCAGCUCUAGCCUGGUCCAGCCCAGUCCAGCCUGCUCCGAUUAUCUGGACAGGAUACUCAGUUCUGUGUGGACGUGAGGAAUAUGACUGCUGAGACUCUUAACUUCGGCCCAGAAUGGCUUCGUGCACUGUCCAGUGGGGGGAGUGUGACGUCCCCCCCUCCUUCCCCCGCCAUGCCAAAGUACAAGCUGGCCGAGUACCGCUACGGCCGAGAGGAGAUGUUAGCACUUUAUAUCAAAGACAACAAGGUCCCAGAGGACAUGCAGGAUAAGGAGUUUGCUGCUAUUCUGCAAGAUGAGCCCAUGCAGCCACUGGCACUGGUGCCUCUCACCGAGGAGGAGCAGAGGAACUUCUCCAUGUCUGUGAACAGUGUGGCGGUGCUGAGGCUCAUGGGAAAAGGAGUGGGUGGGCCCGCUCCUGCAGGAGUGGUCCGCGGACGAGGGGCCGCGCGAGGUGGUCGAGGUCGAGGCCGGGGCGAAGGUGGAUUCUACCAAAGAAGUAUUGAAGAGCCGGAGGUGGGUUUUGGCCGCAGCGUUCGAGAGAUUCACCGCAGCCAGAGCUGGGACGACCGGAGCGAGCGGCGGUUCGAGAAGCCGCUGCGGCGGGAGGUGGGGCGUCCCGGGUUUGAAGAAACUGCCGGUCCCGCGGGUCCAGUGAGGAAGGACUACACCAGGGCUGACAGCGAUAACUGGCGCACCCUCCGGGAGGAGCAGGAUGAAGAAGAGGGGGAGCCGGGCAGCAAUUGGAGACUGGCCGGAUCCCGCAGGGAUGAUGGUGGUCCUCGCUCAGCGGGCUGGCGGGACCACGUGGGUCCAGGCGAAGGCCGUCGGAGGAAGUUCGACUUCGACUUCCGGGACUCGGACGGUCACCCCGGGGGCCGCCGGCGUGCAGGCAGCGAGGGACCCGAGGACGACAGGGACGGCCUACCCGAGUGGUGCACGGACGAGGAGGACCAGGAGAUGGGCACUUUCGACUCCUCUGGAAUUUUCAUGCCGAUGAAGGGCGGCAAGGAGACAAUCCCGGAGGAGGAGUUUGAGUUUAAGGGGAUCGAGGAGGAGGAGGAGGAAGAGAGCCUCGGUGACCUGGAGAGGAACGGUGCUGAAGGAGACAAAGAUAAGGAGAGUAAAGAAGCCAUCACUGCUGUAGGUGAUGGCGAGACAAAGCCAGCAUCACCCUCCUCUUCUCCCCCAGCCCACUGCGCCCCUCCCUCUCUGGAGUCCCAGCCCAGCAACGCCGGUCCAGUGGUGGAUAACACUCACAGCCUCUCCAUCAAGGUCAACAGCAUGUCUGCUGAAGACAUAGUUCCCAUAGGGGGCUCCAAAGCUCACCUGAGCCCCAACCUCGCUGCCGCCGCCGCCGCCGCCGCCGCCUCCUCCUCCUCCAGCCUCCCUCCCCCGCCGCCCUCCUCCGCUGCUCCUCUCCUCCCUCCAUCUGGAGGAGACACUGAGGAUGAUGAAGGCAUGAAACACCUGCAGCAGGAGGCAGAGAAGAUGGUGGCGUCGCUGCAGGACACCUCUCUGGAGGAGGAGUGCUUCACCCAGACUCUGCAGCAGCAGCAGGAGACCAGGAACACAGCAGCUGCUUUGCCGCUCACUCAUGAGGCAGCCAUGAAGUGGUUCUACAAGGACCCCCAGGGAGAGAUCCAGGGUCCGUUCACCACUGUGGAAAUGUGUGAGUGGUUCCAGGCCGGCUACUUCACCAUGACCCUGCUGGUGAAGCGGGGCUGCGACGAGGGCUUCCAACCCUUGGGGGACGUCAUCAAGAUGUGGGGCCGAGUGCCCUUUGCCCCCGGGCCCUCCCCGCCGCCCCUGCUGGUGAGACAGCUGCCCCCGACUCAGCGCCCGCAGCCCAACCGGGGGCCCGCCGGGACUGUGAGUCAGAGCUCAUCCAGCCUAGAGGAUGGGGAGGGGAGAAUGCAGAUGAGAGGGCACGUUAAUAGACAGGGAAACCUGGACCAGGAGCGUCUGAAAAAGCAGCAGGAGAUGGCGACGGCAGCAGCUCUUUAUCAGCAGCUCCAGCAGCAGCAGCUAUUCCAGCUCAUCAACAGGUCGAUGUCAGUGCCAGAUACAGGGUCCAUGUGGGACAUGCAUACCUCAGCUUCACAGCCGUCAGGCAGUGAAACCAGUCUUUGGGACAUAACAAUGAAUCCUUCUACUCAGGGUCCAACUCUCGAACAGCUUCAGAAGCUCCAGCAGGAGAGGCGAGACGCUGAACUCAGGGCGAAGCGUGAGGAGGAGGAGCAGCGGAAGCGAAGGGAGGAAAAGAGGAGGCAGCAAGAGGAGCAGAAAAGGAGGGAGGAGGAGGAGCUCUUCAGACGCAAGCGUCAGCAGGAGCUGCUCAUGAAGCUGCUGCAGCAGAGCCCCCAGCAGCAGGGGCCUGGGGCGAGCAGCUCGAGCUGGAGCGGGGCUUCCUCCGCCGGGCUCGGCAAGCCAGCGAAGUCCCCGACCAUGGCUCUGCUGGAGAUGCAGCAGGAGGCGGAGCGGCUCCUGAAGCAGCAGCAGCAGCAGCAGCAGAGAGCUCAGCAGCGAGAGCGCCACGCUGGUAUGUCAAUGGGCAGCUCGUCCAUGGGGGGGCAGUGGGUGGACGGUGUUGGCAUGUGGGGUGGGCCUGGCGGUAUGGAGGGCAAGAGCGGCAGCGGAGGGUCCUCAAGCAGCAUGGGCAUGUGGGACGAGGCCGUGAAGAACCAGGCCAGCCUGCGCGGGAACAGCAACAACAACAUGGGCUUGAAAAACAGCCGCAGCAGCCCGUCGCUCAGCGACCAGUACAUGAUGCGUCGUAAGAGGACGGAGGAGGAGGACAAGCUGCUGAAGCUGCUGCAGGGCAUGAAGCCUCAGGACGGCUUCACCACCUGGUGUGAACAGAUGCUGCACGCUCUCAACACCUCUGCCAACAACUCCUCCUCCUCCGUGGAUGUUGCCACGAUCGUGGCGUACCUGAAGGAGGUGGAGUCUCCCUAUGCAGUGCUGGAUUUUAUUCGGUCCUACCUGGGGGACACAGUGGAAGCCAAAGAGUUCGCCAAACAGUUUCUGGAGCGACGUGCCAAACAGAAAGCCAACCAACAGAGACAGCAGCAACAGUUAUCAAAGGAAGUGGCUGGAUUGAACAUGAACUUCCCUCUGCAGGACUCAAUGCGAGGUAUGAAUCCAAGCACUCUGCAGUCCAUGUUUCAGGCCAACCACAUGGGCAAGGCUGGUCUCUUUGACAACCAGGGGGGGAAGAUGAAGAAGAAACAGUCUGUGAUGCUGCACUCUGACCCCAGCAUCUUAGGGUACUCAUACCACAACGCGGGCGAGUCUCUGAGCCUGAGCGAGAUGGAGAUGGUGGAGGAUUACUGAUGUGACGCAGCGCAGCAGCAAUAGCUACCUGAGGCCUUCUGUCUUUUAAUCAGACAAACCUGAUGACGAAUGUGCACUGCUGGGGGAACAGGGGGUGGUGGGGGUUUGGGGGGACGGGAGCGAGCGUGAGGACGGCAGGGGGGGGAGGUAUAUGAGGAUGGAGGUGGAGGCGCUUGGAUAUCUGCACCUCCUACUCUUUUUCUUUCUUUCCCUCUGGUAAGAAACGUAAACAAACAAACAAAAAAAAAAAGGGCUCCUGCUGCACCAGUUGUUCACUAGAGCAGGGGAGAGACGGGGGGGGGGGGUGAGGUUUAAAGGAAGAUGGGUAUCCUCUGGCACUCAAAAGAUUAAGCACCUUAUACUGAACUAAUGCACUUUAUUGAGAUGGGAUUUGAAUUAUUAUUUUUUUUUCAUAUAUGUGUGUGCGCGUGUGUGUGUGAAUCAGUGCGCAUACGGUAUGUGUACGUACACAGUAUCUGUGCAUGCGCGUCGGAACUGGA